UUAGUUUAGUUAUUAUUCUGUUCAAAUCACCUUAAGCUUGAAGAAAGAAAGAGAAGAGAAAUUGGAGGAACUGCUGCCUUGCCCUUGGGACAUCUUCAGGAUGGAUAAUUAUGAUACAUCUGACUUGAAUGAAGCUGAGGACACUGAGCUAAAGAUAAUGAAGAAGCACCAGAAAGACUUUCUGGAAGACAUUCAGAAAAUAAAUCAAGAGAUUGCUGAAAUAUUACUGGAGAUUGAUCAUUUCCAGCAAGCACAAUCAUGCAAACGUAUUCAGAGGGAUAAGAACUUGAGCAUUGGACGGAAGAAAUUUAAUAUGGAUCCUGAUAAGGGUAUUCAAUAUCUGGUUGAGCACAAGGUACUCUCCUUGGAUGCACAAGAAGUUGCCAAAUUUCUUUACCAGGGAGAAGGACUCAAUAAAACAGCCAUAGGAGAUUACCUGGGGCAAAGGGAUCCACUGAAUCUCCAGAUACUGCAGGCUUUUGUAGAAUGCCACCAGUUUGCCAAUCUCAAUCUUGUGCAAGCACUACGGCAGUUUCUGUGGAGUUUCCGUUUGCCUGGAGAAGCCCAGAAGAUUGACCGUAUGAUGGAAGCUUUUGCCAAUUGGUAUUGUCAGUGCAACCCAGGCAUUUUUCAGUCAACAGAUGCCUGUUACAUCCUUUCAUUCUCGGUUAUCAUGUUGAAUACCAGCCUCCACAAUCCAAACGUCAAAGAUAAGCCUCCAUUUGAGCGGUUCAUGUCCAUGAACAGAGGCAUCAAUAAUGGAGAAGAUCUUCAAGAAGUACUUCUGAAGAAUUUAUUUGAGAGUAUCAAAAACGAACCCUUUUCCAUCCCAGAGGACGACGGAAAUGAUCUCACCCACACUUUCUUCAACCCUAGUCGGGAAGGCUGGCUCCUCAAGCUAGGAGGCAGAGUGAAGACCUGGAAACGUCGAUGGUUCAUUCUGACAGAUAAUUGCUUGUACUAUUUUGAAUACACCACGGACAAAGAGCCUCUAGGGAUAAUCCCACUGGAAAACCUAUCAGUUCAACCAGUAGAUGAUCCCAAGAAACCAAAUUGCUUUGAGCUCUUCAAUGCAAACUGCAAAGGGCAGAAGAUCAAAGCUUGCAAGACGGAUGGGGAUGGAAGGGUGGUUGAAGGCAAGCACCAGUCCUAUAAGAUCUCUGCAGCCUCCGAGGAGGACCGUCACCUAUGGAUUGAAGCCAUAAGAAUCAGCAUCACUAGAGAUCCCUUUUAUGACCUCGUUGCUGCUCGUAAGAAAAAAGUUACCAGUAAAAAAUGAACCUUCUGGUAGCACCAUCUUGUUCAGUGGAUGAUUAACACCAAGAAAAGGCUUCCUUGGGGUCUCUAAUGCCAAAAUUCCUCAACCAUCUCUGGGACAGGCAAGCGACUGAAAGGAUGAUCAGUGACCUGCUUCUAUUUCCCAGUGUCAGAGUAUGUAGAAUCAGAAACUGGUACAGGAAUUCUAUAUCAUCUUCAUGUACAGAAAACAAGCAUGAAUUUCUGAGUAAAUGGAGCAGGAUAUAGUUGUGUGCAUGUACCUAGGUAUGGGUGAUGGAAACCAGAGAAUGGUUUCAACAGUUACAGUAUUUUUAUACCUGUAAGACUAGAUUUUUUUACAUUGACACCUGCCUCCUCUGAUUCACUAUCCUGAGGUUUCUUGAAUAACGAUGCUAUCUGAGAUAAAUUUAUUUGGAAUAAUAGGAUGAAGGACAAAGUGAACUAAUAGAUUCAAGGGAUGCUGUGAAACCUGGCCAGAAUAAAUACAAAUUACUGUGUUGCUGAGCUUGGCAGCUGUUUUGGACCUUGGAAUCAUUGCCAAGUUUAUGGUAAUACUGAAUGUUAGUUUUUUCAGGACAGAACCUUCCAUCCAAAGCAGGCUCUAAACAAUAAUCAAUGCGAUGAGUCAUUAGUUCUUAUGUUCUUUGAGUUGGCUGAUCCAUCAGUGUUGAAACAAUUGAAAAACAUGAUUACAGAUGGAUAUUUGUUUACUUUCCUCUUCCUCUGAAACAUUCAUUAAUCCAGAUGAUCAAAAGCUAGAUUUUUAUUAUGGGAGACUUACAGUACAUAGUGAUCUUGGGGAAAUUGUUUACCUCUCCUCUUCGUUUUUCAUCUAUACAAGAAGUUCUGUAAAAUAAUAAAAUUUGUUUAACGUGGUUAUGAAGAAUUGGAUUGUUGUAAGAAUGAUGCCUGCAUGCAAAUGAGUAGUACAAUAUUUUUGUUUAAGUAGACUAAAUACAGUUACAUGUUAUUAAAAUACACUCCCAUAUGCACACU